AUGAUCGGAUGUAUGAGCAUCACGUUGCCAGGGUUCAACUAUACAACAUAUGAUGUUCGCAGAGCCCAAGACGUCAUCAACCCAAGAACUCCUCAUCACAACGUCAUGGUUGUUUGUUCCAACCUUGACAUGGAAUGCCAAGAUCAUAAAUAUAUCUACAGCAGGGUAUGGGUUGUAUAUCACAUCAAUGUGAUCAUUACCGACGCACAAUGGUCAACUAUACUCCAAUCAGAAUGGGAGUUCCUAUGGAUUCAUUGGUACAAGCCGCUGGAUCAGCGUUCCGACUGGUCUACCUCGACUCUAGAUCGAGUGAACUUUCCCCCCCUGACGGAUGAACACUCAUUUGACUUCCUUGAUCCUGCAGAUGUGCUUCGUGGGUGUCAUAUUGUACCUCGUUUCACCGCCGGGAGGAGACAUAAGGAUGGAUUGGGAGUAUCGGCAUGUGCAGGGGACAAGAAUGAUUGGUGUGAAUACUAUAUCAAUCGAUCGCGACAUGCUCAUGCGCUUUCACUUGGGCUCGGUGUCGGCCACGUGUACUCUCACUGUCGCGCUACGCAGGCUGGGCUUCAACAAUCAGACACACCAUCACAUCCAUUUUUGACUGAUAUUGAAGAACCCGCAGAUAACAUGGAAGUCGAUGAAUUCGAAUAUGAAGAUGAGGGUACUGAGAAUGGACUGGAUAUUGAAGAGUCGCUCAGUUCCAGCGACGAAUUGUUGUUGGAACAAUUCGAUGAGAUCCAGUACAUAAAGGAUCAGUCAUGGCCAGGGCUUGCGGUGCCUUUCAACGGACUUGUCGCUGCUACUGUACAGGGAGGUAUAACUGGUCGAAGUGAAAGGUUCCAUUUCACGGGAUACUUGGCGAUACCCCCACGACCCGUCCUUUACCCAUUAUAUUGUGUCAGUAACCAGCUUGACGCUCUAAAGCUCGAAAUUACAUUACUCGAUUAUCUGGUAUCAAGCAUCAAAGACCACGAUCCUGCUUACGAACCCGGCCAACAAGGCAAAGAGGUUCCCAUCUACAUUGAUCGCCGUGUCUCGGGGGUGACAUUGGAUUGGGACAUUGCCUGGUACAAACAAGGGCCUGAUAAGAUUCAUCGAGUCUAUCAAUGGCCUCAGGAUGACACAGACAAUGGGGGUAACUACAACACACUUGCCCAUUCCGCUGAUUAUCCUAUGGGACACGUUCCUGUGUGCGCUUCUGCUUCUAGUUUCCGGUCUGCUCCCCUUUCCCGCCUGCUUUCCAUUCCUCUCCUGGUCUCCUCUCCCUGUCUGACUAUAGCCAUGUGGAUUGAAGUUGGCGUCACUACACAGGAGAUGGCCGGUAACACUUUCGCAAUGGCCGAACCUCUAACUUCAUGCGAACAACCUUCGGUCAUGCCAGGGGUGUAUUUGUCAGCACCACAGUCUCCUGUGGGCUCUUCUGUGAACCUCUACUCUCCUAUAGACUCUGUACCAGAGUCGUGGAUGAUGUCUUCCGCUAAGGAUGCUAGCAGCAUUCAGGUAGGCAAUGAUGCAUCGCAACCAGAUGUGCCCAAGGCUGUUUCCUAUGCAGACACACUGCAUACGAUUCUCCCGGGCUUUCCACAAUGGAAGCAAACCCUGGUCUGCCUGCGGCUCAAGAUGAAACUCGCGUUGUGUCCAAUGACUGGGAUAACUGUCAUUACAACAAAUGAAAUGUUAGCAUUGGUGUCGAAAUUGCUUACAGGCUUUACUUCUGAAGUGAAGCAUAUGGCCAAAUUGGCUAUCUUGGACACCAGACCAAUGUUUGGUUUCGGCCUCCAUGACUCGGCCGCCGCAGAUCCGAGCCUAUUAGCGAACAAGUGUGUGGAGUUCCUUAGGUGCUUCAUGUUCCCACACUUUGUAUUGCUCCCCAUUUCAGCCAAUGGCUUAAUGUGGCUUCUGAAACAUGAGAUCGUCAAGUCGCUGGUCUACUAUCUCAUUUUCUGCGCCAGCUCGACUUCUGGUGCCCGAGUCGUGAUUGGCGAUGAGGAACCAGCUAUCUUCAGGACUGCUGCACUCCCACCCGUGGAGACGGUAGUCUUUGUCCUCGUUACUUGGUACAGCGCCCUCUUCACUCGGCUCACUGAGUUGGUCAAGCAACUGUUGGGUCUGCUCGGAGAAACAAAUGACCCAGGAUACCCAGACCUCCUACAAGUGCUUGUGAGGUUAUUUUCUGCAUCUGCAUCCUUCACGCCUUCGACAAGGCACUUUCUUGAAAUCGAGCAUACCAAGCACGCCCUCAAAUCUUGGCUCCAGAAUCAGGGAGAUGAAAUUGUUCCAGACCCACUCUUCACCACAACUUCCGUGCUAUUUGGAUGGGUCGACCCCCUUGAUCUCAUAGCUGUCCUCCAAAUGCAGCUUAUACAGAAGGCUGGCGAGGAUCUAGUUACACCCCCAGUGACUCAGCCAGCUGAUGUUGAUCUUUUGCCGGCCAAUUGCGAUUAUUUUGAACUUUCAACUGCUACUCACAAAAAAUGCGAAGCAUGGCUUGCUACAUCAUGGCAGUUUGAAGUAGAUUUCCCACAAGCUCAUGAAGUUCCCGAGCUUUAUGAACACCUCUCAAUGCAUGACAAUUAUUUUCUUUCCCCUUUGAUGGAAGCUUGGUUUGGUCGUGUCACACAUUGUACCUACAUCACUACAUCCUCUGCAGAAUACAAGCCUCUACGUACCGAUAACACCGAAAGCUUCAAAGCAAAGAAGAACAAAACGCCUGAUGCACUCAAGUCCGACUUUUCCAUUCUGGAGUCGAAGAAACAACAUGCGCAGGCUGAAGUAGACAUGUUUUCUGAGGUCAUAGCAUGCACUGCUGGAUUUCAGUACAGUGAUGAUGGGACGUGCACUUCUUCUGGAACUGCUGGAACAUUCGAAUCACGUCUACCUGUCAACUCUUCCAAAUGGUUUGAUUAUUGGUUUGAAGAUUGGUGUUCGACCUCAUCUGUAUCUUCUGAUGCAUCUGCGCUCUUCUGA